AUGGCUCCUUACUUUGCAAAGCUUGCUGCUGUGGCAGCACUCGUCGUUCCUUUGGUCUUCGGCGCACCCACCCCAACUCCUCAUCUCAAGAUCAGAAACUCCGAAGCUCGAGACGUUGUGGCAGACAGUUACAUUGUUGUUUACAAUAAGGAUGUCACUGCCGAUGUCAUUGCGACCCACGAGCAGACUGUAGCUGCAUUGAUCUCAAAGCGUGAGACCACUGGAGUUGGAGCUACCUUUGAUCUUCCAGGCUUUCAAGGUUACGAGGUUUCCGCUGAUUCAGAGACUAUUGCUGCUAUUGCAAACUCCCCAGAGGUGGCCUUCAUUGAGAAGAACGGCAUUAUGGAGGCGUAUGAUACGCUAGCCCAAACAGGUGCUCCCUAUGGUCUUGGUCGAAUUUCCCACAGAAAUUCUUCAACUACGACUUAUGUGUAUGAUUCUUCUGCUGGUACUGGAGUCACCAUCUAUGUUGUGGAUACUGGUGUCUAUCUUGAGCACGAGGAGUUUGAAGGUCGUGCCAGCUGGGGUGCUAACUUCAUUCCUGAUUCGCCAGACACUGACGAAUACGGCCACGGAACUCAUUGCGCUGCCACAGCUGCUGGAAAAACCUACGGUAUCUCCAAGAAGGCCAAGCUUGUAGCCGUCAAAGUUCUCGACAAGAAUGGAUCCGGUACAUUCGCUGGUGUUAUCUCUGGCAUUCAAUGGGUUGCUGAUAACGCCGUACCAAACUCUGUUCUUACCAUGUCUCUCGGUGGUGGUUUCUCAGCUGCUGUCAACUCAGCAGUGGCUGGCGCCGUCUCCGCCGGUGUAACUGUUGCGGUCGCUGCCGGAAACUCCAACGGUAACAUCUCGAACUACUCCCCAGCUUCUGAGCCCUCCGCUAUCACCGUCGGCGCUAUCGACUCAGCAGAUACUCGCGCUUCCUUCUCCAACUACGGCAGUCUCCUUGACGUCUGGGGACCCGGUGUCAAUACCCUUAGCGCUUGGAUCGGUGCACCAACUGCUACCAACACCAUCAGCGGCACCAGCAUGGCCACCCCGCACAUCGCUGGUCUUGCUGCCUACCUGAUCUCUCUUGAGGGACUUGCUACUCCUGCCGCGGUCGUAGCCCGCAUCAAGGCCCUUGCCACAUCCGGCAAGGUCAAGGAUGUAAAGAGUUCAUUGAACUUGAUCGGAUACAAUGGUAGUGGCUUGUAA